AUGGUUGGAUUGUGGAAGGAACAACGAAGAUUAGUUCCAAUAAAAAUUACUGACGAUAUACCCACAAUUGAAAAGACUAUUACUAAUGUCUUCAAAUUGCAAGAAAUAAAUAAUUUUAAUGAAUAUCAAAUUCAAUAUUAUGAUAAUGAUUAUCAAAGAUUUAUUGAUUUAUACUCUGAAACAUUACAUUUAUUUCAUCAAAUUUUACAUAAACUUUCAUCAGCUGAUGCACCACUAAAAUCAUCAAAACAAUGGGCUUUAAAAAUUGUGCCGAGAACUAUUGAAACUAUACGUCCUAGAUUAGGUAAAUCAACAAGUGAUGAUACAUAUAAUUAUCAACAGGAAAAUGAUCGAACAGAAUUAUGUAUGAAUGAAAGUAAUUUAUCUUUAACGAAUAAUAUCGAUCCAUCUUCAUUUUCAGGAAUUGAUAAUUCAGAAAAUUUACCUAGAUCUCAAACAAUUCAAUAUAGUAAUGAUAAUCAACAAAACAUAAUUCAAUCCGAUGAUCAAUUAUCACAAUCAAAUACAACUAAUGACGAAUUAACUAUUACAUAUAAUCAUCCAUACAGUUUUGGCUUUGAUUUCAAUCUUGCUAUGGAUCAACGAUUACAAUUUGAAAGUGACAUGUUUCGAAAUCGCUCAUCAAAAUCAACCGUUGGUGGUGUUCUACUUCGCGCAUCGGCUAAAUUGAACGCAACUACAGACGAUGAUAUACAUUAUCCAACUGUUCAUUUUCGAAUUCCAAACGAUCAACUUUAUUAUGCAUGGUUUAUUUAUAUCUAUGUAUUAACUGAAGCAGAUGUAAAUGAUAUUCAUUAUUUACAUGCAUCAAAAGGUAUAUUUGAUAAUUACACAAAAGCUCAAGAUAAAUUCGGCAUCAUUCCACAUACAGAAUUAGUUAAUCCAUAUGUUGUUCAAUUAUCUCAAGAUGAACUUCGCGAUGGGAAAUAUGAACUCAGAAUAAAAGUAUGCAAUAUUAAAAAUUUACCGCAUCUUAAACAUGAAUGUUUACGAGAAUUUCCUCGAUUAAAUACUCUUCUACUUUAUGAAGAUAAAAGUUUAUUAUCUACAAAAACAACAUCAGAUUCAAAUUUUUCAAGUGAAAAAUAUCAUCUUGGAUGCAUUCUUGUUCAAAAUAAAACAGCACGAGAUAAAUGCAUAUCAAGUUUAACUAUUACAAAAAGCAAUCGAAAACGAACUGAUAGUGGUAGAUUAAUAAAACAAGAUGAUGCAAAUCCAACAAAGAAGCAGAAACAAGAUUGA